AUGACUAAAAGCGACGAUCAGAGUCCGUUUGAAGAUCAAACGAACAAGAGCUUUUCCAAUGACAAUACGUAUAUAGAUGACUUGGUGGACACGACACAAAGGAGGAAUUUUAGUGACGAUAGUUUCAAAUCGACCAACCUGUUCACUAACUCGAUAAUCCAGUCGCCUACCGAAUCGCAUUUCAGUUUUCAUAAUACGAAUUCUGGUGUACAAGGAGAACAGAUAUCGCCAAGCAGGAAGUCUUCUCUCAGGUUUAAGCUUCCCAACACUACCGCGUCGACUCCUCCCACCACAUCGUCUACAGUCAAUACGGGCAAACAGCAGGGUUCGAUGCAUAAUAAAAUCGGAUCACCUUUCAUUGGCAACAUAAUAGAUGAAAAUGAAGUUUAUAAGGCACCACAGUCACCAUUUGCAGACGAGUAUAAGCAUGCUACGUUUGAUGAGGAUGACGAUCACUACUACCAUGCUGAUCAAGAUCCCAAUGCCGUCGACCAUAAGGAUACAGUAAUGCAAAGGCACAGAUGGGGUACCACCAGGGAUAAAAAGGGAAAGCCUAAGAAGGAGAAUAUGGCCAGAUCCAAAACCUUGAAAGGACUAUUGCUGCAUAAUGGAAGUAUAAUGAGGUCGAAGACUAAAGGAAGUAAGGGGCGUAAUCAUUCGAUUAGAAAGCCAAAAACAAAUAACGAAAGUGACGACGAUGCACAUGAUGACAAUGAUGAUAGCGAACAAGAGGAGGAAGCACAGGAUCCGAGAGAUCAUAAAGAUGAGAAACGUUCUAUUGUUUUCAACAGGCAAUUGCCAGAUGAAUUUUUAGAUCCGGAAACUGGCAAACCUGACACAUCAUAUUCGAGAAAUAAAAUCAGAACUACAAAGUACACUCCCUUGUCAUUUUUACCAAAGAAUAUUUCAAAUCAAUUUAUCCAUAAUGUGGCCAAUAUGUAUUUCUUAACUUUAAUUAUUUUGGGUGCCUUCGAUAUUUUUGGCGUUCCAAAUCCAGUAUUGGCAGCAGUUCCAUUAAUUGUUAUCGUUAUAAUUACUGCAAUCAAAGAUGCGUUUGAGGAUUCAAGGCGUACAGUCUCCGAUUUGGAGGUUAACAAUCAAAUUACGCAUAUUUUGGAAAAUAAUACAGCAUAUGAAAAUCCUAAUUACAUUUAUGUCAAUCAAAAUAUCAAUGAUGAAAAAGUGUCAUUGUGGAGGAGAUUCAAAAAAUUCAAUACGAGAUUAUUGUCCAAGCUUAUCAACUCUUGUAAGAGUAAUCUUACAAAAGAAGGCAAAGCUAAAAAAGCACGCGAGAAACUGAAAACUAAUGAUCAUGAAGACCACAAAGAAGUCAUGAGGAAAAGUUUCGAUAGUGAUUUCAUUCUCGAGACUCCAAGGCCCUCUAUGGGUGAGAAUCCAUUCAGUGAGAAUCCCUACCGCCAAUCUUUUCAACAAGGCCGCCAAUCUAUACAAGGCCGCCAAUCUAUGCAAGGCCAUGGUUCAAUGGGAAGGCAACAUCGUGAAAAGACUUUGAAGUUUUCGAAGAAGUAUUGGAAGGAUGUCAAGGUAGGUGAUAUGUUAAGAAUCUAUAACAAUGAUGAAAUACCCGCUGACGUUAUUAUUUUAGCAACGAGUGAUGAAGAUAAUUGUUGUUAUGUUGAAACCAAAAACUUAGAUGGUGAAACGAAUCUAAAGGUUAGACAAGCUUUGAAAUAUGGAUCUACUGAGAACAAAAUUAAAAAAGCCGAUGAUUUAAUGGAUCAUCAGUUUCAAAUUGAUAGUGAAGGUCCCCACCCUAAUUUAUAUUCAUACCAGGGAAAUUUAAAAUACUUUGACGAAUAUACUAAUGAUUUAAAACAAGAAUCUAUCACCAUUAAUAACAUUUUAUUAAGGGGCUGCUCUUUAAGAAAUACUAAAUGGGUUAUCGGUAUAGUUGCAUUUACAGGAGAAGACUCAAAGAUUAUUCUUAAUGCUGGAGUAACUCCUACAAAACAAUCUAGAAUGUCGCACGAUUUGAACUAUUACGUUUUACUUAAUUUUUUGUUGUUAUUCGUUAUAUGUUUUGUGUCUGGUUUGGUAAAUGGUCUAUGGUACAGAAAUGAUAAUACUUCUCGAGAUUAUUAUGAAUUUGGUACAGUAGCUGGGUCCCCUGCUACUAAUGGUGUGGUUAGUUUUUUUGUGGCUGUCAUCUUGUAUCAAUCCUUAGUGCCAAUCUCAUUGUAUGUUACCAUUGAAAUUAUUAAAACAGCUCAAGCAUUUUUCAUCUAUUCAGAUAUUGGUAUGUAUUAUGAAAGGCUUGACUAUCCUUGUACUCCAAAGUCCUGGAAUAUAUCUGAUGACUUAGGUCAAAUUGAGUAUAUUUUCAGUGAUAAGACGGGUACAUUAACACAAAACUUGAUGGAAUUCAAAAAAUGUACAAUUAACGGUAUUUCGUAUGGAAAUGCAUAUACAGAAGCAUUAGCAGGUUUGAGAAAGAGACAAGGAUAUGAUGUUGAAACUGAAGCUGCGCAUGAGAGAAAACUAAUUGCUGAGGAUAGAGAAGUAAUGAUUCUGAGAUUGAAAUCUCUUACUCCUGGAGGUUUGAAUUAUGAAGAUGGCUUAUCGUUUGUUUCAAGUCAAUUUGUUGAUGAUUUAGAAGGUAAGGGAGGCGAAAAACAGCAAUCUUGUAAUUCACACUUUAUGUUGGCUUUAGCAUUAUGUCAUUCAGUUUUAGUUGAAGAGGAUCCAAAAGAUUCUGAAAAGCUUCUUUUGAAAGCGCAAUCCCCUGAUGAAGCAGCCUUAGUAGAGACUGCAAGAAGUGUUGGUUUUGCUUUUAAGGGCGCUACAAAAAAAGGAGUUCUUGUAGAGGUGCAAGGAACAACGAAGGAAUAUCAAGUUUUAAAUACCUUGGAAUUUAAUUCGACUAGAAAGAGAAUGAGUGCCAUUAUUAAAAUUCCUGGCAACACCGAAGAUGAUGAGCCAAAAGCGUUAUUGCUUUGCAAGGGUGCUGAUUCAAUUAUCUAUGACAGAUUAUCUUCAGCAAAUAAUACAGAAUUGCUUGAAACUACAUCCAAUCAGUUAGAACAGUUUGCAACCGAAGGCUUAAGAACCUUGUGUAUUGCCCAACGAGAAUUAACGUGGUCAGAAUAUUUAGAGUGGAACAAGCGUCAUAAGGAAGCUGCUUCUUCAUUAGACAAUAGAGAAAGUAGGAUGGAGGCAGUUGCCGAUUCUAUAGAAAGAGAAUUGAUUUUAUUGGGAGGAACUGCUAUUGAAGAUAGAUUACAGGAUGGUGUUCCAGAUGCAAUUUCAAUUUUAGGACAAGCUGGUAUCAAAUUAUGGGUCUUGACAGGUGAUAAAGUGGAAACGGCUAUAAACAUUGGUUUUUCAUGUAAUUUACUAGGAAAUGAUAUGGAAUUGUUAAUUUUGAAAACAAAGUUAGAUGAAAGUGAAAGAGCUAAACAUAAUAUUGAUGCAAAAUGCAGUGAUACAAAAAUAAUUGAUACUUUGAUUUCAAAUCACUUAUCAAUCUACUUCAAUAUGACAGGGUCUGAAGAAGAACAAGAAAAGGCAAUUGAAGAUCAUAGUCCACCAAAUGAAGGUUUCGGUAUUGUAAUUGAUGGAGAUGCCUUAAAAUUAGCAUUACUUGAUCGUGAUAUUAAAAGAAAGUUUUUAUUACUUUGCAAGCAAUGUAAGGCUGUAUUGUGUUGUCGUGUUUCUCCGGCACAAAAAGCGGCAGUUGUGAAAUUGGUCAAGGAUACUUUAGAUGUUACUACUUUAGCAAUUGGUGACGGCUCAAAUGAUGUGGCAAUGAUUCAAGCAGCCAACGUUGGUGUUGGCAUUGCAGGUGAAGAAGGGAGACAAGCUGUCAUGUCCUCAGAUUAUGCUAUAGGCCAAUUCAGAUUCUUAGCAAGACUUAUGCUAACUCAUGGAAGAUGGUCUUACAAAAGAUUUAGUGAAAUGAUCUUGAGUUUUUUCUAUAAGAAUGUGAUUUUUUCCAUUGCCUUAUUCUGGUAUGGUAUUUAUAAUGAUUUUGAUGGGUCAUACUUGUUCGAAUAUACCUAUUUAAUGUUUUAUAACUUAGCAUUCACAUCAUUGCCGAUUAUUUUCUUGGGCAUUUUGGAUCAAGAUGUGCCCGCAAAAGUUGGAUUAUUAGUGCCUCAAUUGUAUAAGACAGGUAUUAUGAGAUCCGAAUGGACUGAAACUAAAUUCUGGUGGUAUAUGAUUGAUGCAAUCUAUCAAUCGUUAAUUUCAUUCUUCUUCCCGUGCUUAAUGUACUACAAGGGAUUCCAAGGUAUGAACGGUUUAGCUCUUGAUCAUAGGUUUUGGAUCGGUAUAGUCGUUACAUGUAUCUCAUGUAUAUCCUGUAACUUGUACAUUUUGUUUCAUCAAUACAGAUGGGAUUGGUGGUCUACCUUGUUUGUUUCAUUAUCAAUUCUAGUUGUUUUUGGGUGGACUGGUAUAUGGACUUCAUCAGUAUACAGUGAAGAGUUCUACAGCGCAGCUCAUCAAAUAUUCGGUGCUGCUUCAUUCUGGGCUUGUACAUUUAUCGGUGUAUUAGCGUGCUUGAUUCCUAGAUUUUUCUACGAUUUCCUCCAAAAGCUUUAUUGGCCUAAGGAUAUAGAUAUUAUCAGAGAGUGUGUCCAAAGAGGAGAUUUUGAUCCUUACCCAGAAAAAUACGAUCCAACUGAUCCUAAUAGACCUAAGAUUAGCCUGUACACUAAUGAAAAUGUCAAGAGAAUGAGUAUGGGUAACAACCCUAAUACACCACCAGAAGUGUACAAGGACUCCACUACUAGCAACAGUGAUUUAGAAUACAAUGCCAGCUAUGAGAAUUUUGGUCAAAGCUCGGCCAUUAGGACAAGUAAACCUGAGCAUGAUAAUCAUCACGAAGCAAUUGAAGGCAGUCCUGAUAUCAACGGACAGCCCAAGAAUAUCAACACUGAAUCCAUUGUCCACAGACUGAGUCACAGCAAGUCAUCGCACAAAAACUCGCUUCGCAAGAUGUUCAAACGUAAUACCAAAUCGAGGUCACUCCAUGACGGGGCUGCCUACAGCGAUCCGUAUAAUAUAGCUGCUAACACCGAAGAUAUGGCCCUGUCAAUACAAACAGAAGAAAUUCCCUUAGACGAUUUCAGCCUGCCGGUUAGUAUGUCCACACAAGGGAAAGUACCUCGUUUGGACCAUUAA